AGCUGAUUUUUGUUUUUUUCCUCCUGAGAUGCGGGUCAAAAAGUGACGAGUCUCCCAAAAAUCAACUAAAAAUGGACUGGAAAUGCAUUUCUCGUAUAAAUACGAGCCAAAAAACAACUUUACAUGGCGUCGAAUGCCCGGAUCAUCCAUUGAAGCAUUUAACGCAAAUUAACGAUCCUCUAAAGUCUCGCAAAGUCAGUGUUGAACGAAUUCCGGCGACUUCAUUGAAUUUAGCGCUCGAUGGAACAGAUCCGUUAAGUCAGUUUGCUCGCUUGGAUGAGAUUACGAGCCCUUUGAGCGAAAAUUUCGAGGAAAAAAGUGCUUCUGUGACGGCUCAGGGACCAAAUCCAAAGUUUCAAGUAUGGGCAACGAAACGCCCCGCGAUUUUAAAUAAAUAUACGACAUCGGAAAAGUUAUCAAUAGUGACGAGUUUUUUGACGGGAGGCGAAAUAAUAAAAUCGAGCACAACGACAGUUUCAGAAAAAGUCAAGCAUCGCUUGGAACAAUUAGACGACUUUGACGAGGAUCCCGUUCGACAAAUGCAUAAUUUAAGCCAACACGAGUACAUAAUGAAAAUUGAGCAGUUAAAUCAUCAACUAAGAGACGCUUGGAAUACGGAUCAACGUGUCAAAGCCCUCAAAAUUGCCAUUCAAUGUGCCAAAUUGCUCGCCGAUACGUCAGCGAUGCAAUUCUAUCCGAGCAAAUUCGUCUUAAUUACGGAUAUUUUGGAUCUUUUUGGGAGUCUCGUGUAUGACAGGCUCAAAAAUAAGGCACUUUAUGUGCGACCCGGAAGUACCAAAGCAAGUAAAUUACCGGAUGAUUUCACGCCCGAAAUGAUUCCAGAAGCCACAAAGGAGACUUCUUUCAACUGGUUUUAUAAAGUUGCCUCGAUACGGGAACUGCUCCCGAGAUUUUAUGUCGAAGCUGCCAUCGUUCGUUCGUACAAGUUCAUGGGAAAUGCCGACAUUGAAGGCGUUUUGAACCGUUUGACGUUAAUUGCUCGCGGAAUUGGCGAUCCGCUCGUUAGUGCGUACGCUCGUUGCUACUUGUGUCGCGUUGGCAUGCAAAUCACGUCGGCAAAGCCGUAUCUCCGACAAAAUUUCGAAGAUAUCUUGUCCGUGUACCUAACCGUAAGUCAACUCCAUCAGUACAGCAGCAACUCGCCUAUACUUGCGAUUCCUCCUGAUUUUCAGAUGUUCACGGGCGGCAUUCGUGCGGAAAUUGCGCGUCAACGCAUCUCUGUCGGGACCUACGUGACACUUUAUGCGCCGGCUUUCGAUUGGAUUCUCACGGGAAUUGCGGCGGGAGCGGAUGACUUUACGAUGGAUGAACUCGUUUUGCGGUGUCAGGAGAAGAAAAAUUGUGCGCCGUUGUUUUAUUCGAUUCUGCAGGCGUUUCCGCAUAAAUUUGUGUCGGUGCGAGCGUUGCAUUUUGCGAAUAUUUUGUGUAAAUGUGACACGGAGGGAUACAGCAGAGCUGAAUUGUUGCGUGGAUUGGGAAUGUGCCUCGUGGAUUGUCCGCCAGAAGCGAACCAAUUGUACGAUGUGUUUGAGUUUGUGUGGAAAACAGUUCAAACUUUCACGCAAAUUGGCGAAUAUGUGCAUUGUAUGGAGGCUUGGGCUAUUUAUGUUGCUGCAAAUUUAAUGUUGGGCGAAGUAAACAUCAUUUUAGAAGACAUUUUACGUCGCGCAGCAUCCCAAAAGAACGCUUUCGAGGCCCAUUACACCGAACUCCAAAGCAUCAUCGACAAAAUCGUCACAAAUUUCCCGCAAUUCGACGCCUUGCUCACACUUGACAACUUUUUGCCUGUAAUCGAUCUCUUCCAAAAAGAAUCCAACAAGCAAGCCGUGUGCCGUAACAUUCUAACGCAGUUCAAGACAUACAGCGAAUCCGUCGGUUACUUGAGCGAUCCUGUUAUCAUCAACGUUAUCAUGCACAUUAGCAAAAUUUUGAACGAUUCUGUCAAUGCCUUAACCGUUGACGACGAAAAACGUCAAAUUGGCGAAGCUGUAAAUUUUUUCAUUCGUCUCGUGAAUUUUGGGACAGAUUUCGAGCAACAACUGACUUUUUAUAACGAUGCAAGGGCGGCUUUUACCAAUCUCGAUGUCGUUUAUGUCACUUUGGUGCAGUUAGUUGAUAAUUUGGCGAUGGAGACAUAUCGCAUCGUCAAUGGCAAACAUUCCCGCAAAACAGGAGACUUUGUAAAAUCGUGCAUUGCCUACAAUUUUGUGACAAUUCCGAGCAUCACGGAUGUUCGUUACCAGUUAGACUUGUAUUUGCUCACAGGACAAAUUGCCUUACUGAAUAACUGUUUGGGACAAGCAGAUGCGUGUUUCGAAGCAGCACUAAAAAGUAUCGCUGAACUACCGAAACACAUCGAUUUCGAUGGAAAACCCAAAAGUACCGAGCCAUAUCUCGUUUCUUACUUGAAAAAUUUCCUCUCGAUGUUGAUCAUCGCCCCCGAUAGCCCCGAAAUGGGAGCUCUGUACCUUUUUCGACUGCUAACGGAACAAGUUCAAACGUAUGGCUUCGAAAUAUCCGCUUUGAUUGAAAUUUAUCUCGCUGUUUUGGACACCCUGAGCAUCAUGUCGCAAGAAACGUAUCCAUUCCAUGUCGCAAAUGUCAUCUCGAACGACAAACUUUACGGGCAAGACCAAAAAUAUCUCAACGAAAUUAACAAAAUUUGCACGAACGUCACUUCGCAAAUUUUGUUGUCCUUAAAAGCUCUUGCCGAUGCGGGAAAUUUCAGGGUUCAAGCGAAUUUUGCAUUGCAAUUGUUCGAGAAAAUUGUUCUUUAUUCGGAUAUUGCGGAUGAUCGCGCAUUUCAACUUGCAGUUAAUUUAUGGAAUUUAGCAGUGAAACAAAGAGCGAAUGUCAAACAGGGUGAGUUUGAGAAAUAUCUGAAGAGAGUUGAGGACGAGAUUGAAUUGGCGGAUGGGAAUCAGAGAAAAGUGAAACUUACAGAGUUAUUCAAUAGAAUUAAGGCUAAGUUAUAGUUACUGCCUCUUAUUAAUUGCAUCACUUCUCGAUCGUACAAUUUUUUGUAUGGAAUAAAAGUUCUUGUUAAUCCAA